AUGCGCGCCCACCACCUCCCGUUCCUCCUCCUGCACGCCUGGUGGGUGCUGCUGCAGGCGGGCGCCGCGAGCGUGGCCACUGUGCCGCUAUGGGUGCCGGGGCAGCCCUCGUCGCAGUCCCCUCUGUCGUACAUGCUGAGUCUCUACCGCAACCCACUACCUCGGGCAGACAUCAUCCGCAGCCUGCAAGCGCAAGAUGUGGAGAUGGAUGGGCAGAACUGGACCUUUGCUUUUGACUUCUCCUUCCUGAGCCAAGAGGAGGACCUGGCAUGGGCUGAGCUCCGACUGCAGCUGUCCAGUCCUGUGGACCUUCCCACUGAGGGUCUGCUAACCAUUGAGAUUUUCCAUCAGCCAAAGCUGGAUGCUGAGCAGGACCCAGCUGACUGCCUAGAGCGUCUCCGGAUGGAGCUGUUCACUGUCACUCUGUCCCAGGUCACCUUUUCCUCAGGUAGCAUGGUCCUGGAGGUGACUAGGCCACUCUCCAAAUGGCUAAAGGACCCCAGAGCACUGGAGAAACAGAUGUCCAGUCUGGCUAGAGAAUGCUGGCGGCGACCCUCAACCCCUCCUGUCACUGUCACCAGCACCAAUGUGGUCCUCAUGCUGUACUCCAACCUGUCACAGGAACAGAAGCAGCUGGGCAGUUCCACUUUGUUAUGGGAAGCAGAGAGCUCCUGGCGGGCACAGGAAGGACGGCUCUCCCAGGAGAGGGGCUGGUGGGGCAAGAGGAACCGCCGACAUCAGUCACCAGACCGAAGCCAACUGUGUAGGAAAGUCAAGUUCCAGGUGGACUUCAAUCUGAUCGGUUGGGGCUCCUGGAUCAUCUACCCCAAGCAGUAUAAUGCCUAUCGCUGUGAGGGCGAGUGUCCUAACCCUGUGGGUGAGGAGUUCCACCCCACCAACCAUGCUUACAUUCAGAGUCUGCUAAAACGCUACCAGCCCCACCGGGUCCCUUCCACCUGCUGUGCUCCAGUAAAGACCAAGCCACUGAGUAUGCUGUAUGUGGACAAUGGCAGAGUGCUCCUGGAGCAUCAUAAGGAUAUGAUCGUGGAAGAGUGUGGGUGCCUCUGACAAGCCCCGGGGGAAGGCCAGACUGGCCUGCACUCUAGAAGGUUGGGAAGCUCCUGGAAGACACAAUAGCAUCUAUCCAGGGAGGAGAAACAGAAGUGGCUGUGCCCACCAGACCUGAAGAGGAAGGGCUGCCCACUGUAAGUGCAGGGCUCUGCUGAAGCCAGAGGCCCCUGUUGGGAAGAGAGGUGAGAAAGCCUGGCAGGGGGCUUGCUGGGUUCUCUUUCUGAAAAGAUAGUGGCAACUAAAACCACAACAGCAAGAGCUUUCCCGAUUUUUUAAACUUGUGAAAAAAAAUUGUGUACACAAUGGAGCAUAUGUGCAUUUAUUUUUUGAGGCUAUCUAUAGCUUUUGUGUAUUCUCAAAAGUGGUCUGUGACCCACCACCCCUUCCCAAAGAUUAGUAUCAUUGUAUUAAAUUAAAGCUAGUCUUUUAGCUCUAAAGCUAGGUUAGGAGAGCCCAUCUUUCUGGAUGGCCAGCAGCAAUCUGUUGGUUGUAUCCAAAGGCUCCUUGGUGUGGUCUUUGCUAAUUAGUUGCACAAACAAUAAAGCCAUUGUCCAAUUCUUCUAAACCAGCUGGUCCUCUUGGACUGGCCACGUUAUACUACAGAAGCUGGAGCCUUCAGAUGUCCCUGUCAGUCUGCUUGGCAGACACAAUCCAAGUCUAUUAAAGUUGGCGAUAAUUCACUCCAGUCUCAAUGUGUGCUGUGUAUGAGGGCCUCAAGGUUCCUGGUUAACAAGGGUGAA